AAUGAGGAAUUAAGCUAUCCACAUGGACAGGAGAAAAACAGAGAGAGGAAAGUCAGAGACUGGUGUGUGUUGAGAGUGAAAGACCAUGUUGCUCCAGUUUUGGAGCAUUUCCAGUUCCACUGCGCUUCACAAUUCUUGGGCUUUCUCUUACUCCGGAAAGCACCACAACCUUGUUUUUAAAGGACCUAUCUGCCUCAGAAAGCCAAAGGCCUCCUCACCCACUUGCCUCAGAGCUCAGUUGCUCGAGGAAAUCACUCAACUUGCCCAUAACAAGGUGCUGAUUGCUGCUGGCGUUUCUGCGGCAAUUGGGCAGCUCACCAAGCCUGUCACUUCUGUAAUUUUGUAUGGGAAAGACUUUGAUUUCAAGGCAAUCGUUCAGGCCGGGGGCUUCCCUUCUACCCAUUCCUCUGCAGUGGUGGCUACUGCAACAACCCUUGGCCUUGAAAGGGGCCUUUCGGAUUCAAUAUUUGGCCUUACUGUUGUUUAUGCAGGUCUUGUGAUGUAUGACGCCCAGGGGGUGAGAAGAGAAGUUGGCAACCAUGCAAAAGUACUGAACAAGACACUGCCUGAAAGUGCAAGGAUGAGCUCAGUUCCCACCAAGGACAGAGGUAGAAUUAACCCUAAACCUAAAACAUCGUCGUCUUCGUCGUUGAAGUCGGAUAGCUUUGGGUCUCUGUUGUCUGAGGAAGCAAAUUCUUUCUCAUCAAAACCAACAAACGGCCCUUUAGUGUCUCUCUCAGAUAACAAAAUUAGGCAAACUACUGAGACACAGAUGUCUUCUGGCUUGGGAACUGAUGCUGAGCAAGGUUUUGAAAGGGCUGGCAAUCGUUCAACUCUGUUGAAAGAAUCGAUUGGCCACACUGAAGUUGAAGUCACAGCCGGUGCUUUGUUGGGUUUCUUAGUAGGCUUGGCUAUGUACACCAUAAUGUGAUAUCAAAUGCUCUCAUACUUGUGGCUCAAAUUUUGUAUCCUAUAAUUAAUGUUGUUGAGGUAGGCUACUAGGCUCUUAGGCUUGAAAUAGUUAUGGCUUAAGAGAUGAGAUCUCCUUAUAGAACUUGACUUAUGGAUAGAAAAUGGAAGUGGCAAGAUGCACCAAAGCACAAAACAAGCACACUUAAGAAUAA